GCCCAAAUUCUAUUGUUAAACAAACAAAUAGAGCCCAAAUUCUGCGUGAAAUUUCUUGCCAAAUUCUUCUCUGCGGGUCUCUCGUCUUCUCCAUCUCUUUCUGCGGCGAUCUCCUCAGAAUUCGCCUGUCGGAAUCGAAUGAUGAAUUGAUCUUUCAGAUACUUGUGAAGAGCUGCUGUCGUCAUGGGUGAAUCAUUCACUAUACAGAUCCAUAGCAAUUUAGUUAAACAGCUUGCUGAUGAGGGUGAAAAAUUGAAGAAGAAAACGAGGAAACCAAAACCAAAGGUACAAAGAGUAAACAAAACAGCACAUCAGAAGCUAAUCUCUAGUGAUCCCGAUGAAACGAGGGGGCCUGCUGCUACAGGAUGGCCUGUUCAGCCUCCUUUGUUGAUCCCAGUCCCUCCACCACCUCAUCCUGCAAUUGCAGAAUUAGAUGCUAUACGAUCUGUGCUUAAAGAGAGCGAGGAGGUUGUGGAGAAGUUGCAGAAACAUGAGGAAAAAAUGUUGCAAGAAGUGACAAAGAAGGCAAAGGAUCUACACGACAAGGAAUUCAAACUUCCAAAUCAAAAGCCUAUCCCGUGCUUGGAUGAGAGAGAUGCUUGUUUUAAAUGCUACAAGGAACACGGAAAGGAUCCCCUGAGUUGUGCUAAUGUGGUUCAAAAUUUUGCAGAAUGUGCUCGGAGAGUUAAGCAACAAGUCAACCUGGCCGGUAAGUAGAUUUAACUUGCGGAGAAAAGAUGUUUACAAAGUGGUUGCCAUUUCACUUUGUGGAAAUAAAAAACUGUAUUGUUUUUACCAUGUAGACUUGAAGAAGCUUAUGGUGGUUGUAUCUUUUGUCCUUUAAGUUGUGGAUGCAAAUGAUUUUGUGGCAUUUGCCUAAAUGAAAAUUUCCUAACAGGAUAAAAUGUUUGUUUUCUUUCAU